AUGAAGACCUUGAUCCUGACCUUUGGCCUUGGCCUCAUUGCCGCCCUGCAGGCUCAGGACCUCCCGGUCGUGGAGGAGGAGAGCCAGAAUUUGGGGACAUGGUAUCUGAAGGCUGUGGCUGCUGACACAGAGGUUCCUGGGAAGAAGAAUGGGUCUCUGUCUGUGACCCCCAUCACCAUCAAGAUCCUGGAGGGGGGCAGCCUGGAGUUGAACUUCACUAUGCUGAUCGGAGGUCAGUGCCAUGAGAUCAGUGCCAUCCUGGAGAAAACAGAUGAGCCGGGCAAAUACACAGCCUACAGGGGCAAGCAAGUGGUACACAUCAUCCCGACGGGCGUGCAGCACCACUACAUCUUGUACAGCGAGAGCACGUGGCACAAGCACGUGAUCCGGACAGUGAAUCUUGUGGGCCGAGACCCCGAAGUCAACCAGGAAGCUCUGGCGGAGUUUGAGAAGGUGGUAGAAGCCAGAGGCCUCAAGACGGACAGCAUCUCCAUCCCCAAGCAGAGGGCGGAAGCCUGCUCUCCAGGAAGCGCCUAGGCGUGGGGUCCCACCGAAACCUCUCCCUGAGGAAGGAGGAGACCCUCCCUCCUGCCAGGCCAGCAAGCCUCACCGCCUGCCUCCCUGUACCCCUGUACCCCUCCACCGUUCCUGAAUAAACAGCUUCAG